UGGUGUUUUUUUGACGAAGGAUGCGGCUUUGGCUGCUCUUCUAUGUAUAUGUGUUUCAGAUUGCCAACAGUUACUUGAUAUCCUCAGGUCAUACUAAUUUCUUAUCUAGUUUAUCAACUCCUGGAACUCGCGUUACUCGUACCAAUGCAAAGUCAUUGCUUGACGAUCCGUUAUUGCUAGCACCUUCCACUGAGCCUGGUGGCGAGCAUCACUUGGUGUUAUCUAACAGCCCUGCGUUUGGUAUACAGCGUACUCUAUACACUCACAGGCGCAAUGUUCGUGCGCAAGGACCGUUGUAUAACACCGGCCAGCAUGUUUACCUGGUUUCAGGGCCUUAUCGCAAUGCUCGUGGUACAGUUUUAUCCACAUUUCGCCGUGGUCCUGGAGAGCCACACUUGGUCAGUGUAGUUCUAGACUGUCGCAAUGAGCUUGGUAUAGUUCCCGUUUCAUUAUCUCAUUACCAUGGUACUCGUAUAACCGUCUGGGAGAACCAAUUGGUUGAUCGUCCGCCGUACACUCCACAUUCUCCUCCAUCACUGUACAACAAGGGAUUCAAUAGUCUUGAUCAAGCUGUUUUUAUUAACUCACCACAACGUUCAGCGCGUCGUAACCUUUCUUCUAUAGUUGAGCGUAUAAUCAACACUAUCAAUUUGGAUGGUUUGGAGUCUUGCUUUGACCAGCUAUGUCGAAUGGACAUAUUUUCACCUUAUCCUUACAUGUCGUUGAUAGUCCAAUUAGUGCGUAAGUUACAGAUGGAUGAAGAUCGAGCUCGCCUUGGGGUCCUCGUCAAUGCUGUAUUACUUCGUUUAGCUAAUGAUACCAAGCUUUUUUACACUGUGCGACAGCGUUCUACAAUACCAUGGUUUACUUGGGCUUUGAGUGUACUUCGUAUGAAUCACCUGCUUAACGGUUGGGAGUCUUACGACAAGUUAAAUGCGUAUAUUGGUAGUGUAUUAUUGAAUGGUUAUUUGACUGAUUUAACUCAGGGUGAGAUAAACUUGAUGGCUAUGGGAUUCCGUUUUCAUUCAUCUAUUCGUAAGGAAGUUUUACAUCGUUUGGCUAUGUUGUUUUCUCACCUUCCUGCUUCUACUAUUAUAAUGCGACAUGCCUCUGGUUUGGCCAUGUCAUUAAACGAUGCUGGUAUUGUGCACCCAGGUUUCAACAGGUUACUUUGUGAGAUGAUUAAGAACCAAUACUCUUUGCCAUCGGAGCAGGGUGCUGUUUGUUUACUGAAGUAUUUAUCUUGUGAUCCUAAUACUCCCCAAGCUAUAAAGGACGAGCUUCUGGCAUGUUGUAGUGUUUCCAGUUUUCUAGAUCCUAGGGCUACUCCUUACGGUCCUUCUUACAAGAUGGCUAUUACGUUAGCUCAGUUAUCGGAUCGUGAGAUGUCUGAGCUUCUUCAUGCGAUUAACACUGGUGAGGUAGAUAUCCCACUAUCUGUGAUUAAGCGUUGCAUAUUUUCUAUUGAUCUAUCUCCUUCUACUGUGGAGCUACUUUCUUUAUUAGUUAAAAAAGGUGCUAAGCAUUUUGAGAAGCUUGGUGGUAAGGCUCAGCAUCGUAUUCUGACGUUAGCUCCCAUGUUGAAUGGUUGUCCUUCAGAGGUGAUAGAUGCGGUUGAACGCGAUCUCGGUGCUAUGCAUCCUAGUUGUGUAUUGGACCCUGAAAAGGCCUAUGCGUUGGGCAAACUAUUGCCUAGCAUCCCGGAAUCUCGAGUGGGUGUACAGAAGUUAAUUCUCCGUCGCCUUGAGCACUUUCUAGAGUCUACUUUAUCAUUAUUACGGGAGAAUGCCAUGUCUCCAAGUAUAGCUCGUGCUGUGAUGAUAAAGGCUACAUCAUUUUUGCAGGCUAUUACUUACUUGGGUUAUGAGCUUCCAUCUUUAGCUCGCAAUGCUGCCACGUUGCUUCGGGAGGGCAUUGGUGCAUCACCUGAUCGUACAAACUUUUUGUUAGCUUUAGUUUCCGUUCAGGCUAUGUGUCCUAAUUACUUCAAUGAAGCUUCACGUGCUGCUCGUGCAUUACUUAAGGAUCCUGGUGCUGAGGUACCAUCUGACGUUCGUGUUUUAUCUGAGUUACUGCUAUCUGUGAAACAAUCUACUGAAGGUGAAGCGUCAUGCUCCUCAUUGGUUGGUCACAUUGAUAUUCCAGCUCUUCCUCCAGAGGUUGUUAAGGACGGUAUUGUCCGGCCUAGUAAGGAUGUACGUGACUUUUCAUUAUUAUUCUUACUACUGGUUCGUUCUGGUUUGUUUGACGACCGCGGUGGCAUUCUGAACACUGCAUAUGUAUUUGCUGAGGACAACCUCCAUGCAUUGUCUAGCAUAGACCUGCUGAUGCUUCGUGACGCUUUGGUUUCCGUUGAUGCUUUUGACAGUAAAUGGGAGGGUUUACUAGCAUCUGUGCCAAAGGGCAUUGAUGCGGUGACAUAGACAAUGUGCU